UCAUCGCUAACUGUAUCGUCCUGGCAUUGGAGCAGCAUCUCCCUGAUGGAGACAAGACACCAAUGUCUGAGCGCCUGGAUGACACAGAACCUUAUUUCAUUGGCAUCUUCUGCUUUGAGUCUGGCAUUAAGAUUCUGGCUCUGGGUUUUGCCUUCCAUAAGGGCUCCUACCUCCGAAACGGCUGGAACGUCAUGGACUUUGUGGUGGUGUUGACUGGGAUUCUCUCGACGGUGGGGUCGGAGUUCGACCUGAGGACGCUGAGGGCCGUCAGAGUGCUGAGACCCCUCAAACUGGUGUCUGGAAUUCCCAGUCUGCAGGUGGUGCUCAAAUCCAUCAUGAAGGCCAUGAUCCCCUUGCUGCAGAUCGGCCUGCUGCUCUUCUUCGCAAUUCUCAUGUUUGCCAUCAUCGGCCUCGAGUUCUACAUCGGCAAGUUCCACACCACCUGCUUCGACGACAUCACAGAGGAAAUUCGGGAAGAGUUCCCCUGCGGAGUCGAGCUCCCCUCCCGGCUCUGUCCGAACGGCACAACCUGUAAAAAAUACUGGCUCGGGCCAAACUACGGAAUCACGCAGUUUGACAACAUCCUGUUUGCCAUUCUCACCGUCUUCCAGUGCAUCACCAUGGAGGGCUGGACGGACCUUCUGUACUAUAGUGACGAUGCCUCGGGCAGUGCAUGGAACUGGAUGUACUUCGUCCCUCUCAUCAUCAUCGGCUCCUUCUUUAUGCUCAAUCUGGUUCUUGGCGUGCUGUCUGGUGAGUUUGCUAAAGAGCGAGAGCGGGUGGAAAACCGAAGUGAGUUCCUGAAGCUGAGGCGACAGCAACAGAUCGAAAGAGAACUGAAUGGAUAUCUGGAGUGGAUCUGCAAAGCAGAGGAAGUGAUUCUGGCUGAUGAGGACAAUGACGGGGAUGACAGGAUGCCCUUUGAUGGAUCACGGAGAAGACCAACGCUGAAGAAGAGCAAGAAUGACCUCCUUAACCCUGACGAGGGGGACGGAGACCUUGCUUUAGGGUCUCCGUUUGCUCGCGCCAGCCUCAAGAGCUCCAAGCUCGAGGGCUCGUCCUUCCGAAAAAAAGAGCGCCGGCUGCGUUUCUUCAUCCGCCAUGUUGUGAAAACUCAGGCUUUCUACUGGACGGUUCUGUGUUUAGUCGGUUUGAACACGCUGUGUGUGGCCGUGGUACACUACGACCAGCCCGAGCUGCUCUCUGACUUCUUGUACUUUGCCGAGUUUAUAUUUCUGGGGAUUUUCAUGUCAGAGAUGUGUAUUAAGAUGUAUGGACUCGGGACUCGGCCGUAUUUUCACUCUUCCUUUAACUGCUUCGACUGCAUCGUCAUAUGUGGCAGUAUUUUCGAGGUGCUCUGGGCGAUGAUCCAGCCUGGGACGUCGUUUGGGAUCAGUGUAUUACGAGCUCUCAGGUUACUUAGGAUCUUCAAAGUGACCAAGUACUGGGCCUCCUUGAGGAACCUGGUGGUGUCUCUGCUGAACUCCAUGAAGUCCAUCAUCAGCCUGCUCUUCCUCCUCUUCCUCUUCAUCGUUGUCUUUGCUCUGCUCGGCAUGCAGCUGUUUGGAGGACAGUUUAAUUUUGAAUCAGGAACGCCACCAACAAACUUCGACACGUUUCCUGCAGCAAUAAUGACUGUGUUUCAGAUUCUGACAGGUGAGGACUGGAACAUGGUGAUGUAUGAUGGCAUUGAGUCUCAGGGAGGAGUCAACAAGGGCAUGGUGUUCUCCAUCUUCUUCAUUGUUCUCACACUUUUUGGCAACUACACGUUGCUGAAUGUGUUCUUGGCCAUCGCUGUAGACAAUCUGGCCAAUGCACAAGAGCUGACCAAGGAUGAGCAGGAGGAAGAGGAAGCAGCCAAUCAGAAAAUGGCUCUUCAGAAGGCGAAGGAAGUGGCAGAAGUGAGUCCACUGUCUGCUGCUAACCUGUCCAUUGCUGCAAAGGAGCAGCAGAAGAACCAUAAGGGUUCUAAGUCUGUGUGGGAGCAGCGCACCAGUGAGCUCAGGAGGCAGACACUGAUGACCAGCAGGGAGGCGCUGUACAAUGAGCUGGACCCCGAGGAUCGCUGGAAGGUCUCAUACUCUCGCCACAUCCGACCCGACAUGAAGACACACUUGGACCGGCCGUUGGUGGUGGACCCUCAAGAAAAUCGAAACAACAACACUAACAAGAACAGGCCAGGAGAGGAGCUUCUACACAAACGGCCAUCAUUGCAUUCGCCAGUGGGAGGUGGAGGAGGAGGAUCUGCUCCAUCAUGGACUCUGGAGAGGGGACAAUCUCUAGAGUCUUACCAAAGUUGCAGGAAGUCUGAAAACCAAAGCCAUGCUGGCACAGAGGGAACUGAGCUGGGCAUGAGGGAUCCACACCGAAAGAGAGAACAUCGUGGGCAAAGAAACGGACGCUCUCGCCAACAUCGGAAGGCUUUGGAUGAAGAAGCUGUGAAUGGUGGAGGAGGCCGGAGGCACCGAAACAAGGGUACAGAGGGUGGGAUCGAAGGUGAGCAAGCAGACGGAGCUGAGCGGAGACAGAGAUGUCACCGACAUGGAGAAAAAGAGGGACGGAGGGAAAGAGGAGAGCAGGGGGAGAGGGGCCGACAUCGCAGGAAGGAUGGCCCCACUUUGUCCACCACUCGUCCUAUUCAGAAGACUCUGUCUAGGCAGGACAGCCAGUAUAGUGAAGACUUGGACAAUGUGAUGAACAGUAAGCUUGCUACCCAGCCACUGGUUCCCUCAGACCCCCGUGGGCCAAGCAGCCGCUCCACACCUCACUCCAGCCUCCUUAGCCUGGUCAGCAGCACACGCGGUUCCUGUCUGGCUCCUACCACUACAGAGAGCAGUUUUAUUCUCACCAACCCUGCCUCUACUACCAUAAAUCUUGUUCAUCUAGAUGCCAAGCCAGACUACACAGCCAUAGACAUGCCACCCAUGUUCCCUUCUGCCAAUGCCAUUCUGCAAGUCAAUAAGAAUGCCAACACAGAACCGCUGCCCAAGAAGGAGGAUUUGAAAGGUGAUGAUGAUGAUGAUGACAAAGAUGACGGAGGGCCUAAACCAAUGCCCCCUUACAGUUCUAUGUUCAUCCUCUCCACUACUAACCCGUUUCGCAGGUUGUGUCACUAUAUUGUGACCCUGAGGUACUUUGAGAUGUGCAUUCUUCUGGUCAUUGCUAUGAGCAGUAUUGCUCUUGCUGCUGAAGACCCGGUGUGGCCCGACUCCCCCCGGAACAACGUUCUGCGUUACUUUGACUACGUCUUCACAGGUGUGUUCACCUUCGAGAUGCUUAUAAAGAUGGUGGAUCUGGGUUUAGUACUUCAUCAGGGCUCAUAUUUCCGUGACCUCUGGAACAUUCUGGACUUUAUAGUGGUCAGUGGUGCUUUGGUAGCCUUCGCCUUCACGGGAAGCAGUAAGGGGAAGGACAUCAGCACCAUUAAGUCCCUGCGUGUGCUACGAGUCUUAAGACCACUGAAAACCAUCAAGCGGCUGCCCAAGCUGAAGGCUGUGUUUGACUGCGUAGUGAACUCUCUGAAGAAUGUGCUGAACAUCCUGAUUGUCUACAUGCUCUUCAUGUUCAUCUUUGCUGUUGUGGCCGUGCAGCUCUUCAAGGGCAAGUUCUUCUACUGCACUGACGAAUCCAAGGAGUUUGAACGUGACUGCAGGGGUGAAUACCUGGUGUAUGAGCGAGAUAACGAGGUGAAAGCACAGAAACGAGAAUGGAAGAAAUAUGAAUUCCACUAUGACAAUGUGCUCUGGGCUUUGCUUACACUCUUCACAGUUUCCACAGGAGAAGGCUGGCCGCAGGUUCUUAAACACUCUGUGGAUGCGACAUAUGAGAACCAGGGUCCUAGUCCUGGCUACCGCAUGGAGAUGUCUAUCUUCUAUGUGGUCUACUUCGUAGUCUUCCCCUUCUUUUUUGUCAAUAUUUUUGUUGCCCUGAUCAUCAUUACCUUCCAAGAACAAGGAGAUAAGAUGAUGGAGGACUACAGCCUGGAGAAGAAUGAGAGAGCCUGUAUCGACUUCGCAAUAAACGCCAAGCCUCUGACCCGUCACAUGCCCCAGAACAAGCAGACCUUUCAGUACCGCAUGUGGGAGUUUGUGGUGUCGCCGCCAUUCGAGUACACCAUCAUGGCAAUGAUCGCCCUCAACACCAUCGUCCUCAUGAUGAAGUACGAUGGAGCAUCAAAGUUCUAUGAGGACAUGUUGGCCAUCCUGAACAUUGUGUUCACAUCAUUAUUCUCUUUAGAGUGUGUGUUAAAGAUCAUCGCUUUUGGUGUGCUGAAUUAUUUUAAAGAUGCCUGGAACAUCUUUGACUGUGUGACGGUCCUCGGCAGCAUCACUGAUAUUUUAGUGACAGAGCUGGGGAAUAACUUCAUCAAUCUGAGUUUUCUGAGACUCUUCAGGGCUGCUCGUCUUAUCAAGCUCCUCAGGCAGGGCGAAACUAUUCGCAUCCUUCUCUGGACCUUUGUUCAGUCUUUUAAGGCCUUGCCGUAUGUGUGCCUACUCAUUGCUAUGCUGUUUUUCAUCUAUGCCAUUAUCGGCAUGCAGCUGUUUGGGAACAUAGCGCUGGAGGAAGACAAAGAGAGCUCCAUCAACCAGCACAACAACUUCAGGACUUUUUUCCAGGCUCUUAUUCUGCUUUUCAGAAGUGCCACCGGAGAGGCGUGGCAUGAUAUCAUGCUAUCGUGUUUGGGAGGGAAGGAGUGUGACCUCCUUUCUGGGAACACCGAGCCGGAGUGUGGAAGCGAGUUUGCAUACCUUUACUUUGUAUCCUUCAUCUUCCUCUGUUCCUUCCUGAUGCUGAAUCUCUUUGUAGCUGUUAUAAUGGAUAAUUUUGAGUACCUCACAAGAGACUCCUCCAUUCUGGGGCCUCAUCACCUGGAUGAGUAUGUGAGGAUCUGGGCAGAAUAUGAUCCUGCAGCCUGCGGGCGCAUUCAUUAUAAGGAUAUGUACAGUUUAUUGCGAGUUAUCGACCCCCCACUGGGCUUAGGAAAGAAAUGCCCUCAUAGGGUGGCCUGCAAGAGACUCUUGCGAAUGGAUUUGCCAGUUGCAGAUGACAACACGGUGCACUUCAACUCUACUCUCAUGGCCUUAAUCCGCACUGCUCUGGACAUCAAGAUCGCCAAGGGUGGGGAAGGGGGUGUUGAUAAGCACCAAAUGGAUGCUGAACUGAGAAAAGAAAUGAUGGCAAUUUGGCCCAAUCUCUCACAGAAGACUCUGGACCUGCUGGUCACACCUCACAAGGCAGCAACAGACUUGACAGUGGGGAAGAUUUACGCAGCCAUGAUGAUCAUGGAGUAUUACAGACAGAGCAAAGCCAAGCGCACUCAGGCUCUCCGAGAUGAACAGAAUCGAACGCCAUUAAUGUUUCAGCGCCUGGAGGCACCAUCACCAACACAGAAUGCUGGUCAGGGACUCAAUGGCCUUUCUGCACCACGACUGGACCCUAAUAACUUGGCUGUGGAUGGCGGCAUCCCGGAGAGCCAGUCAUGGGUGACAGCCAGAGCUCAGGAGAUGUCUCAGAAAGCAGGGAGCUGGAGCCCGGAAGGCCAGGGAUCAGUGGACAUGUCUGAAAAUCGACCCACAUUGCAGACAGUAGAGAUGAGAGAGAUGGGGCGGGACGGGUUCUCGGACACUGAGCCCUUCCUGCAAAUGGAAGGCCACAGCAGGGCAGCUUCCAUGCCUCGACUCCCAGCAGACAACCAACAGCAGCCGAGGAGGAGAGGAAGGCAUCGAGGGAAUAACCUCAGUACUAUAACAGACAACAGCCCUAUGAAGCGGUCAGCCUCAUCACUUGGUCAUGGCCGGUUGGGACGGGGGCCAAGGGCUGAUGAUUAUGUCAUGGAUCGAGUAACGCCAGAGGAAGGACCAAGGCACGGACACCGCCGCCGAGAUCGCAGCCACCGAGCCUCUGAGAGAUCCCUCAGCCGCUACACGGAUGCUGACACAGGUCUUGGCACGGAUCUGAGCACCACCACGCAGUCUGGUGACAUGCCGCCCAAAGAGAAAGAGCGUGAACGUGGCCGUGCCAAAGAGCGGCGUCAUCACCAUCACCACCACCACCAUCAUCAUCACAGCUCUGUAGAGAAGGAGCGCUACACACCUGAGAGAGAGAGAGGAGACUAUGGCCACCGGCAGCGCCACUGGUCCCGCUCACCCAGUGAGGGCAGAGAAUGCCUCACUCACCGACAGGGCAGUAGUUCGGUGAGUGGCAGCCCCGUGCCCUCAACAUCUGGAACGAGCACCCCUCGGCGAGGUCGACGCCAACUGCCCCAGACACCCGCCACCCCCCGCCCACAUGUCAACUACUCACCUGUGAUCCGCAAACCAGUUGGUACACCACCUUCAGGUCCACAGUGCCGCCUACCCACCCCAACGCAGAGGCGCUUCUCUCCACCCGUGUCUGAACCUCCUGUACCCCCUCAUCAUGGCUCUGGCCGGCGUGCUCGAUGGUGCCCCGGUUCAUCCGAAAGCACUCCAGGCGACGGCUUUUACGACUUUGAACGAUGUGAGCCACCUGCUUACGAGGCAAAUCCAGGACAGGGCAACCCACACCCACAUAACCCACCACCACAACCACGUUCACCUAGGACUGCUCGCCCCCCUGGGUCUCGUCGCAUGCCUAACGGGUACCGUUCCUCCUCACCCUCGCCACAGCGACAUGCACCCCCUCACAGCGCACCUCACAAAGCUCCGCAUCCCAGAGGGCCCAGGAAAGGGCUGCAUGAACCCUACAGUGAGACAGAUGAGGAUGACUGGUGCUAGCCUCUGGGAGAGGGGGGGGGGCAAGGACACAGGGGGGGCAAAGAAGAGAUUACACUGGCACUUGGUAGAACUACACACAAUUGGAGACUUGAUGUUCUCAUAUAGGAGGCGGUUCUGGAAGCCUCUAAGCAAAUGGAGGGACUAAGGGUAUUAGAGUAGAUUCAAUUGUUUUAAAAACAGAAGAGAAAUUAGACAUAAGCAGAGGCAGGAGAGAGGCAGAUCCAUCAGAUUCUCUGCCCUAGGGCUAACACCAAGAAGGAAGUUAGUGCUAGCCUUUGGGGAGAGGUGAGAAAGGUGAGGGUUAGGGAACAAUGGCAGCAGUUGCUGGAACAGGACUCAGCUGUGGGCCAGAGUCGCAUGCAGGAAAGGCAGUGACACCCCUGAGUGUGCAUGUUCCAGAGAAAGCACAGCGGAUGAUGAGAGGCUCAGGGGGAAAUUGAGGCAUGCUUCCCUUCUUUUUAUUAUUUUUCUUUUUCUCUACUGCCUGCUAUUUUCCUGCACAGGACUGGAUGACUUAGUGAUCCGAAAGCAGAGGUGGGUUGGGGUGGGGACAAGAAAAGCCUAAAAAUGAUACUUAACUCUUUAUAUAAAGGAAAUGAAGAUGCAUAAUGCUAUUUCUGAAAGCAGGAAUGUCUGCUCUUUUGGAUAUGUUGUAUAUCUUCUGCAGACAAAGUGACAAAAUCCAUAGUUGUGGUGUAGAAACCUGAGUUGAUAGGUUCACAGUUUAAAGAUGAAGAUUCACCACUCGCUUUACUCAGCUUGACUGGAGCACCGUCUAUUGCAAAAAUCCACCCACAUGUUGGGUAAUAUUGAUGAGUUUUAUCAUCUGUGUUUACUGUUAAUAAUUAUUUCCACGAGGGUGAGGCUACUGGCCGUGUGUGUGUGUGUGUGUGUGUGUGUGUGUGUGUGUGUCUGUGAGAGAGAGAGAGAGAGAGAGAGAGAAAAGGUUUUGCCUAAAAGGAUCUGUAGGUUUAAGAUGGGACACACACAAACACACACACUAUACACACACACACUCUGACUGUAUUUGGGAAUCUAGGCCCUCACAGCUACUAACCCUUCAAACUCGAGAGAGAAAAAAAAAAACGUGAAAAAUGGGAUGAAAAAAAUGAACCAGUCUUCACUCUUCCUUCUUCAAUGGCUUCUUCUUCUUCUGCUUCUUGUUAGAGACAUUGAAGCUUGAAUCUUCUGUUGCACUGCUCAGCUUUGUUUGAACUUCUAGAAAAAAAAAAUCCCUUGCAUGAUUGAAACAACAAGACAAAAAAAAAGAAAAAAAAAAGGACAAAAAAUACAAAGAAACUUUGAAUGAAUUAGGGUGGGGUAAAUUCUCUUGGUCCUUUCAUUCUGUCUAUAGAGUUCUCUCUCCUGUCCCUGGCCUCCGCCCUUACUCCUCUCUGAAAUUGUCCCUCACAUUUUCCGGGAUGGCACAAAGGGGACAAGAGGCCAACACUCUCCAUUUUUAAAUCGUCUGCUUUCUUACUACAGUAAUGUGGGAUAGAGUCCCACUACACUUUUGUAACAGAUUUAUUGCCACUAGGCCAGAGUUUCUACCAAAUUCUGAUUGUGAUUAAGAUAAAAAAAGUUAAGACUGGUACAGUAGAUUAUUAUUGAAUUGACAGCACAAUUAUUUUUGAAAUAAGAGCAUUGUAUGCUUUCCAUUAGUAUAGACAUACCAUUCAAAAUUUAAUAAUAAUUUGCUCAUUUGCACAAAGUUAUCAGACAUUUAAGCACACUCACACUCACACACACACACUGCCUGUUUUCCUGUUCAUACACAUGGACUCUUUUCCCCUUACUCUAGUCUUCCAGGGUGUGAUGGAGUAAAAAGGGAGUGGAGGAGGUGAGACGAGAGAGAACCUUUCAUCUUUUAAUUAGAUUUGUUAUUAAUGAUAUGUCCAGAAGAUAAGAUGAUGAUGACGAUGAUGAUGAUGAUGAUGACGACUUGAUUUUAUUUUGUUUUUGACUCAGCUGUGCUCUCUGUCUUGCCAUAUUUGUUUCGGUGUGGUUCUGUUCAUGUGGUACGUGGAGCUCUGUAGCAGUGAUGCAUUCUGGGUCAUGGUUGUAUUGGUUGGAUUCCAGAUAACCUAGCCUUCAUUGGCAUUUCAUACCUCAAAAGUAAAAACACUCAUAUUGUCUCAUAUAUAAAAAAUUAUAUUUUCCUACAAUGACCAAUUAUUAGGUAUUAAGCAAUAUAUCUGUAUAUUGUGAAUUAGUACCAGUGUACAGGUAUUAAGGUUUAACGAACCUGAUCUCCAGUCUAUAUAAACAUAGCAUUUGUAUGAUUAUAACCAUAUAAAAAAAUGCACAUCUGAAAUACAUAUCAUUAUAGCUGAUAAUGGCAGAGAACAGACAGAUUAAUGCAGAAUGGAAAAGCCCCAGUGUGCAGUGUUGGAUUCAGGACCGGUGUUAAUGUUUGUGUACAUGGAAUCAUUUAGAUAUGCUCUGCUGUUUGUCCACUAGGAACUAAUGUGUUAGAAUAGUGUGAUGCAACUGAAUGUUUAAGAAAGUAACAGAGCUCCACUACCUCCAGCGGACCAGUAGAUGGCACUGUGCUUCACAGUACACGUCUGUAGAAUUGACUCAUCGUCACACUUUUUGUGUUUAAUAUUUAUGUCGAUGAUCUGUACAUGUGGAUUUCAGAUGUAUGUGGUGCACCAUUCUGUGUUCAGGACAUGUGACACAGCCAAUCAGAAUGCACAGGAACACAGGAACAUGUAAUAAGCCAAUCAAAUUGCAUGGGUUAAAACAUUGACCAGGCCUUUUCUGCCAAAACUUCUGCCUCUUGUGUCCCACUGAUCUUUGUGUCCCUGCGGCCCACAUGUAAUUGAUAUUUCCCCGUUAUACUUUAGUCGUACAAAAUUCACUGCCAAAAAUUGUUGUAAAGCACACAGGUAUCAUUAUAUAUAUAUAUAUAUAUAUAUAUAUAUAUAUAUAUAUAUAUAUAUAUAUGUAGCAUUUAAUACUAACAUGCAUAGCACAUUGUGUGUGUGUGUGUGUGUGUGUGAGAGAGAGAGAGAAAGAGAGAGAGAGAGCAGAAACUUAAGCCUUUAUUUUUACACAGAGUUUUACAUAUAUGUAAACAGAUCACAUUUGAAUGUACAGCUAAAGGCUCCCACUGCUACAUGAGCAUUAGCUUGUGAAUUUAGGAAUGUAUCAUUGACUUCAGUGAUUUAAUUAUUCACUUUAAAUCAGUUUAUAUGAGUAACUACAGUGAAAUUAAUAGUAAAGCUCUAGUUUACAGUAAAGGAUAAAAGUCAAAAUGGACCAACUGACAAAUCCUGUGUUUAAAGGGCUAAUAAAGUAAUGUGACUAUUUAAUACCUAAUACUAAAAUUACACACCCUGUAAAAUGCUUGAUUCAGGACGAGUGACGAAAUGUAGAUAGCAGUAACCCUGAAUUUUAUAAAACUGGUUUAAAAAUGUUUUCAGUUAUUUAAUUUUACAUUUGUAAUUUUUAUUUGCUAAAUGCAAUUUAUAAAGAAAAAGGCUUUGGGUUGGAGGUAAAGGUACUGCCAGAACUUAAAUAACAGUUAUAUUGUUAAUGUCUGAUUUAAUCACUGCAGUGCUGUGACUUCAUACAGUACAUAUAUUUAAAACAAGUUAAAAUAUAUAAGAUAAACAAGUCUUUAAUAAUAUGAUAGUAAUAUCAGAUUCUGUAUAAUGUCAUAAUUUAUCCAUAAAAUAUAGGAUUUGUUUCUCCACACCUCUGUACAUACUCUUAUAGAAACUACUGUAUAAAAGAAGUAAAAAGGAGUUAAAGAAAGUUUACAUAACUGAUAACUGAUAUAUAGUAUUGUGCAAAAGUCUUAACCCCUUCAUUUAUCAUAUAAAAUUAAAUCAUGUAGAUUAAAUGAAGGAAAUGGGAACAAAUGUUUUACUGCGUGCGACAGCCUGCAAAGUGCCUAAAUAUACAAUUAAAAAAUUGGUUGUGUCUGUAACAUCCUGAGCAGCGACCUCAUUUCCCCUCCGUGGGUUUCAACCCAUCACCGACCUGAUCAUCUGUCAUCAUCUGCAUUUGUUUCUCAUUGGUUUAUGCCUUAAGUUAUGUGUUAUUUUUUUGUGCUUGAAGAAUUCAGAGGUCACUGUAAACUUUCAGUUUCUUUGAAACUGCUCAGGUACAGGGACUGGAGGGGAAAUUAACGAAAGACAAAAAAGCUCUUCAGGGAGCCUGGAAUUCCACAUGACUACAUUAGAAUUGCAAAAGUCUGGAGCUUUGGAGGCAAAAUCUGAAUAAAUGUAGAGAUUAAAAUAUUUUGCACAGUACAUGAUGUAUAUUAUUUAUUAACAAAUAUAUAUUCGGACACAUAGACACUAAGACUAAUCACAUUGUAGAUAUACACGACACUCCAUGCAAAGUAGUAAAGCAAGUGGGAGCCAGAAACUGUAGCAUGUAGGAUUUUGUGUGUGUGUGUGUGUGUGUGUG